AUGCGUUGGCUGCUGGCACAGCUGUGGGGGUGUGGGGCGGGACGAAGAGGCCACAUCGCCGCCGUGCGUCUCCCCCCGCAGUCUCGCCACGCGUCAUCGAUGGGGGCGGCUUUUUUGGCACGUGAUGGCGUCAGGCGCAUCAACCGGGACGGUGGGGAGCAGCGCCAGCUGCGUGGGAGGAGACUAGCGGAAGGGGACGUGAAGGAGGAGGAGAACGGGGGGGAUGCCUUUGCCAACAGCGGCUGCGGGAGCUUUCCACUUGGCAACGGCGUGGCGUUGCAACUUCCGGCGCACUCCUUGCACACUGGAGAAAAUAAUUCUCCGACACAUGACGUAGGACAUGGAAACCUGGAGGAGCCAAGCUUCAGUGAGAAAGCACUGGUCUCUCUGCUGGAGGCGAUGCAUCAGGCCCUCGAGUCGGCGUCGCUGCUCAUCGUUGGCGGGGCCAAAGUGAUCGGCUCCUCCACUGACGAUGUGGCAAUCCACGCGCCGCUUGAAAAGUGGCCAGACGUGUUCUGCCGCUUGAGGGCAGCGGCCUUGCCGGUACUGCUGCAGAAUCCAGAUACAACUCCGCCAUCCGUGUCGUCCGUGGCAGAGGCGUAUCAGACUCUCACGGAGACGUUAAGUGUUGUUGAUGCGGUGUCAAAGGCUACAGGUAUGCGUGCGGAGCGCAUGUUUCCUGCGGCCCUCGUCGUAGUACUUUGGAGUCGUCUGCCGAGGCUUCAUGCGUAUGCACGGCGGGUCUUCAAAGGGCAGCAAGUCCACGCCCAUGAGACAGUACCCGCCACUUUGGUUGGAUCUUCACUGUCGCUCAUGCGGGCGUUCAAAAGUGCCAGACGGGCGCUUGCGCUGCGCACUCGCGAGUUAAGUGAUUUGCUGCCACCGUCCGUACUCGUGCAGGUAUUGGUGUGCAUGGAGCAGUGCGGUGCGCUUUCCGACGAUAUCAUUGGCCCAAUAGGGACAGAGCUGCUCCGGCGCUACAAGACCUCUGCAGCCCCGCUGAAUGGUCCGCAGCACGUCGCCACAAAUCACCUUUUAUCUGCACACUUUGUGGCGACCGCUGUGGAGGCGGAUACGGCGCCGUUUCAAGGUGAAACCGCUAUCGCUUUUGCCAGGCUGCUUGGGCGACUGCACGUGAGGAAUCACUUUCAACUGCACCGACUCAUGCACACAAUUCUUUUGCCCCAAGUGGUGACGACUCUACCCGCCAGUGUCACUGACGAGAACGUCCUUUUUGAGUUGACGCGGUGCUACUCCCGCUACGCUGUUUCAGGCAGUGCUGUAACUCAACUCACAGCUUUAUGGUUGCCGCACCUGUUUUGUAUGAGUUUGGAUCAAUGCUCAGAGCUCCUGCGUAUUGUGGGUGGUGGUGGUUGUAUGACUGUGGGCGCCGAGGAGGAUUAUUUCCCUUUGGUCGAGGCCAUUCUGCAACGGGCGUCUGUGCUGUACCACCACGCGAGCCAGGAUGGCCCCAAUGUAGUGCCACCUGCCGCUAUGGUGGUGUCGGCUGCCUCCACGGAGGCGUGCGCAUUGGUAAGCGCUGACAGCGCGGCGAGCUUCAUUUGCGCCUUGGCGGCAGUGAACUCCCCCCACUGGGGGGAGGUGUACUCUUUGGCGGCAACGGCAUUGGAGAGAUCUCUCGAUGGACUUUUGGUGGCAGAUGUCGUUCGUGUGACGAAGGCGUUGCUGCGGCGUAACUCGCAUGUUCCGUACCACCCCCUUCACUCUCGUUUGGCGCAUCGCCUCCUCACCGACGAGGCGGCUCUGACAGACGCAAAAAUGGGAGGCCUGUCGUUGCUGGCCACCGCACUGAUGUUGCUGCCGUCGCCCGCGCUACCUGCUGUUUCUUCUAGCAGCACAACACCGCAUAGCAUCCAAAUGGCGACUGUGAAGCCCCCGGAUGCCACAAACUUCCCUGCGUUGGAUGCGGCGCGGGCGCUUGCCGUGUUUCGACGUCAUGGCAAGGCCCUGGGCCUACGAAGCUUCGUGGCAGGAAUGUGCGUUUCUCCUCUGGCGCAGCUUCCGCGUCGCUCGCAAGAAAGCGUCAUCAUGCACUUUACCGCCAUUGCCUCGGCAUUGGAGGUUCCGUGGCUUGUGCGGGGUAUGGUGUCGUUGACAUCGCAGAUACCACAGACGGUGGAUCCGCUUUCGGUACAGCGUUGGUUUUCACGCUUUACAGCCAUUGACGUCGCCCGCCAGCUGGACAUUGUGCAGACGGCGAUGUUGUUGAACAUUUUAUCGCAUGACGAUUACAGCCGUGAGUGCGCCUUGGCGAAGCAAGCCAUUUUGAAGCAGACGAGUAAACUUUUACUACAAGACACUGUUCCCUUGGACACGGUGACCCCGCUAGUUACUGCCCUGCAGUGUUCCAAUGUCUUCUUCCCGCACCUGUAUUCCCGUCUUUGCCGUGUGCUUCUUGCAGAUGUGCGCCAGGGGCCAUGGCGACUGCUUCUUCCUGCCUUUCACGUGAUAGCAGAUGAGUUCACACGGCGACCGCACGGCAAUGGAAGUGUGUUCCGCGAUGUAUGGGAGCAGCUUCGGACGCGUCUUGUGGAAGAGGCAGCCUCGUCUCUGGAGGCAGGGGAUGUUGUUUUGGCUUUUAAUGGGUUUGCAGCUCUAGAUGGAAGGGAUCGUCCUGUAUUUUCCGUGCUGCUGCAUCGCCUCUGGGCCAUCUAUCAAAGUCUUGUUGUCUCUCCAGAGGCCAAUGACACUGCUGCUAUGCGUGGACCACUAAUAGCAACACCACCACCGCCAACGCCGGCGGCGUGCAUGGAUAAUAUCCUUGCUGGAUGCACGCCAAGCGCGCUUGCUGUUCUCCUCACAACUCUUAUUUAUGCAGGGCAGGAGAAAGUCAAUGAUACGCUUAUGCCUUGGGUGCUGCUGCGCACUCGCCCCGUGAUCAAGGAUCUUUAUCCAAUUGACGUACUCCAUCUCAUGCCGGCCCUAUUGUCUUGUUUCACCGCGGCAAAGGCAAUUGAGGAGAAGUCCAACUGUAGCCGCACCUUAUGGCUGUGUAAUCCUGUGAAUCGCACACUUCUUCACGCCACGUAUGAUGGCUGCCGGGAGCUGUUCCUUCAUAUGUAUGAGGAUGAGGCAACCGCUAGGGAUGCGAACACAUUACGGACCCAGCGCGCCGAGUGGGCUCCACAGGUGCAUGUUUCAGUAUCGCGAGUGCCAAGAUACUUGUUUGCGGAUCUUCUGAUUGCACUGUGUCAGUGUGAGGUGCGAGACGAGGCGGUGGCUACGGCGUCUGCAGCGCGCCUGACGCGACGGUCCUGUGAGGUAUUGCCAGUUGCCGAGUUGGUGGAUUUGACAAUGGCACUCUGCUUCCACUUUCCACCCCCGCCGCUGCUGACGCAAGAAGUCAUAGUAAAUGAUAGGACAGAUAUCACGAGGGGUGAUAAGGACGAUGACUGCGACAAGGAAACGGAUGACACUGCAGGUGCGACGUCGUGUGCAUUGGCCCCGCAUCGGCGCUUUCUUCAACCGGUGUUGACGGCGUUAUGGGGCCGGGUGGAGGAGCUUCAGUCGCCGCAUAUUGAUGCCUUGGUGCGGUGCUUGCGUCACUAUUACGGCGACAAGGUGGACGCGGAUUUCUUGGAUCGCCUUACGCAGCACAAGGCUAUGCUCGCCGAGGUCCGGACAGGGCGUCAGCGACCUCAGGAGACUGCAACACGCAAUGACUGUGAAAAAAUAGUUGCGGCAGCAGCGCCGUUGAGGACAGACACUGCGGCAGCUGAGGAGGAGCCUGCGAGUUGGAGUGAACCCACGACGGAGGAUCUGUUUUUGUCGUGA